UCAUAAAUCCAUAAGUCGUCGUCAUCAUCAUCAUCACCUCCUUCUCCAUUUAUUUAUAUACAACCCUAACAAAAGAAAUCCCAUCCGUCUAUGAAGAUUGCAAAAACGUGAAGAUAAUUAAAGAAAAAAACCCAUUAUCAUGUCUUUGCCGGGAAAUCGUACCAGGGUGUUGUGCAAGUUUUUUGCUCAUGGAGCAUGUUUGAAAGGGGAGCAUUGUGAGUUCUCCCAUGACUGGAAGGACCCGGCUAAUAAUGUUUGUACUUUUUAUCAAAAAGGGGCUUGUGCGUAUGGUAGUCGUUGUAGAUAUGAUCAUGUUAAAGUUCCUCAACGGCAAGGUUCUGCGUCGUCAUCUACGUAUCCUUAUCAAUAUGUUGGUUCGGAAGCUGUAUCUGCGACAGCCGUGCCUGGUGCUAUUGGGGAGCUUUCUGCUUCGAGUAGAUCGUAUGUAUUGCCUGCAAGUACUGCUUGGGGUGAAGGUUCUGGGGAGAGUGAUUUGUUAAGUGAUGUGAUUGGGCAUACGAGAAGGACUAAUUCAGCUGAUGCGGUGAUGUGUUCAUUUGCUGCCGCGGGCAAUUGUCCCCGUGGAGAAAAUUGCCCUCAUGUUCAUGGGGAUGUAUGUCCAACGUGCAAAAAAAUGUGCUUGCAUCCUUUUAGACCAGAAGAAAGGGAGGAACAUAAAAAAAGUUGUGAAAAGAAGCAUAAGAAUCUUGAGGCGUUAAAGCAUAGCCAAGAUAUAGAGUGCAGUGUUUGCCUUGAACGUGUACUUUCAAAACCAACACCAGCUGAGCGGAAGUUUGGGUUAUUAUCGGAAUGUGAUCAUCCAUUUUGUAUUUCGUGUAUCAGAAAUUGGAGAAGUAGUUCCCCGACAUCUGGAAUGGAUGUGAAUUCUGCUUUGAGGGCUUGCCCGAUAUGCAGGAAGCUUUCCUAUUUUGUGAUUCCGAGUGUGAUUUGGUAUGCAACAAAAGAAGAAAAGCAGGAAAUUGUGGAUAGUUACAAAGCAAAACUUAGGUCUAUUGACUGCAGGCACUUCGACUUUGGAAAUGGGGCGUGCCCAUUUGGUACCAGUUGUUUUUAUAAGCAUGCAUACCGUGAUGGUCGUCUAGAAGAAGUAGUUUUGCGUCAUCUUGGGGCUGAAGAUGGAGAGACUGUCAUUGCUAAAGAUAUAAGGCUGUCUGAUUUCCUCAGCCGUAUGCGCAUAAGGUGAACAACGCUGUCUAACUUCCAGAUAUUUGGUGUAGCUAGGUAUGCCCCAUUAUAAAAUGCUUUCUUCAUUAGAUGUCAGUGUGGCUCUACAGAUGAUCUCAAGGUGGUUUGAUUUUUGCGUCUGUUGAGCCAGAUAUGGGGUAUGCUAUAUAUAAAACAAAAAGGUAUCUAAGAAUAACUUACACCUGAUAUUUUUUGAGGAUAAAGGAAGUGUAUGGUGAAUGAGUUGAAACAAUCUCAGCGAAAAAUCAUAAGUAAAAAAAAAAAAUACUUGUAAUGGAACAUAAAGUGACCGGAAUUGUAAAGGGAUGAAAAUUGGCCUUGUGUUCCUAAGGGUGUCCUACCCAUUUUGUAUGUUUUGGGAACUGUACAUGAUAUUGGUUUUGGUUU